GCCCCGGUGGCAUUUGAAAGCGAUGCCGCUUACUUCUCUGCACAAGAGUGGGAGAAUUUGGAGGAAUGGCAGAAGGAGCUGUACAAAAACGUGCUGAGAGGGAAGAACGAGUCUCUGAUCUCUCUGGAUUACGCAAUCUCCAAACCUGACCUCCUGUCCCGGCUUCAGAGAGGAGAAGCGCCCUGCGGUGGGGAUAAGGGGGCUGAGAGAGAAUUUCCAGCAGAGAGAGAAAUUCCAGCAGAACCAAGUGCAGCAGACUAUGGCAUUCCGGAGCCGAGCUUUGCAGGCGUUGUGAAGCAAGAGGAAGAGCUGUGUGCGGAGGAGCGGGGAGCCACAGAGGAUGCAGAGUUUACCGAGCUCAGUGUGGUUCCAGCAGAUGAGGUGAUAACGUUCAAAAUAGAGCAGCUGGACUCUGAGGAAUGCCCCCAAAGCUCAGAGCCCCCCACGACUUUAUCCAGGGAGUCGGAGGAGCUGGUUUUCCAGGGUCCCAGCGAGGUGCUGCCCUUUGAUAGUCAGUACAGCUGUCCUGGAAACCAGGGCAUGAGCAGGCUGGUGCCAUCCUCUCCGGGGGAAGAGGGUCUCAGCGAAAGCAAUGCUGUCACAUUCUAUGGGCAAAACUGUCCCAACAAGAGACCUCACUCGUGUACUGCGUGUGGGAAAGGCUUCUGUCUGAAGAAGAUGCUGAUGACUCACCAGGAGAGCCACGGCACACAGUGCAGCAGCGAGCACGCUGGAGACGAGGAGGGCUUCUUCCAUCAGCAGCACCGUCGGACUCACGUGGAAGAUAGGACCCACGUGGAAGACAGGACCCACGUGGAAGACAGGACCCGUGUGGUCACGGAGAGGUUUAAGCAGAACCAGAACGCAAAAGCCCACACCAGCAUCCCAGCCACAGACAAGGUGUACGGCAGUCCCAGGUGCAUGAAAAGCGUCAACACCAAUGGCAGCUGCAAGCCAAGUCAGAGGGGCCACCCGCGGGGGAGGCCUUACAAGUGCGACAAGUGUCAGGAGUGCUUCUCCCAAAAGAAAACCCUCAUCAUCCACCAGCGUAUGCACUCGGGCCGGAGCGGAGGGGUCCUUUGGUGCUCGUACUGUGGGAAGACCUUCAGCCAUCCCUCCAAUCUGAUCCGGCAUCAGAGGAUCCACACGGGGGAGAGGCCAUACCAAUGCAACGAGUGCCCAAAGCGCUUCACCCAGAAGCAGCACCUCCUCCAGCACGAGAAGAUCCACCUGCGCGAGAGGAGCUGUGUGGUCACGCAGAGUGCGAGGAAGGCACCGCUCCACAGCUUCUAG